AUGGCCGCGCUAGUCCUGGCAAUCGCGCUGGCCACUGCGGCGGUAGCGAGCGCCAUGGACUUCACCGAGGACGACCUGGCGUCGGAGGAGUCCAUGUGGGCGCUGUAUGAGCGCUGGUCCGUGCACUACAAGGUGGUGCACGACCUCGGCGAGAAGGACCGGCGGUUCGACGUGUUCAAGGAGAACGCGCGCCUGAUCCACCAGUUCAACCAAGGCGACGCGCCCUACAAGCUCAGCCCCAACCGCUUCGGCGACAUGACCGGCAACGAGACACGCCGCGCCUACAGGUGCUCGUCGGCCGGGGUCACGCCGCGCCACCGCACGUUCGACGGCGAGGGCGGGUCCACGCACGGCGGCGCCGUCGUUCCAGCGCGCGACCUCCCACCAGCAGUGGACUGGCGCGAGAUGGGGUACGGUGGCCGCCCGGCGGCGGUGACGAGCGCCAAGGACCAGGGCGUGGAUUGCGGGUCCUGCUGGGCCUUCGCGGUGACGGCGGCGGUGGAGGGCAUCAACGCCAUCAGGACGAGGAACAUGGUGCCGCUGUCGGCGCAGCAGGUGGUCGACUGCGACACGAGCAACAACGGCUGCAAUGGCGGCGUGACGGUCAAGGCCUUCGACUACAUCGCCAGGAACGGCGGCAUCGCGCACGAGAGCGCCUACCCGUACAGGGGCAGGCAGAGCUGGUGCGCUAGGGUUGCGUCCCCCGUCGUCACCAUCGACGGGUACGAGCAGGUCGUACCGCCGAACGAUGUGGUCGCGUUGAUGAAGGCGGUGGCAGUGCAGCCCGUGGUCGUGAUGGUGCAGGCCGAUGAGGAACCCUUCAAGCGCUAUGGGGGUGGCAUCUUUCAGGGGCCGUGUGGGAUGAGGGUGGAGCAUGCGAUGACGUUGGUGGGGUACGGCACUACCGAGUCCGGUGAAAACUAUUGGAUCGUCAAGAACUCGUGGGGCCAUGACUGGGGCGAGCACGGGUUCAUCCGCAUGCGGCGCGACGUCGCCGCCCGAGAGGGGCUCUGUGGCAUCCUCAUGCAUGCGUCCUACCCCGUGAAGCACGCCUAG